AUGUUAUGUCCCAUUCGGUUCGGAGUGGGGGGAGUUGGAGCAGAGAGGGACUGGGGAGUGCUGUGUGUGAAAAGAGAGGAGGCCAGCGAGGAAGACAAAAGAGACGGCGCUCUUCGAAGCUCCAAGAAAGAAGCCAAUAUCUGCCUUUCCUCCGGCCGGACCGCCCCAUGCGACCCACCCGCACUGGAUAGAGCGUUGAUCAGCGGAAAACGCCAAGUUCCAGGGAGCAGGGCGCGGUGA